AUGGAGCCAGUUGCGAGCUCACCAGGAGACAAGCAGCAGCAGCUUAACCGCGCUCUAGAGCUGCUAUCAGGCGCAUCCGAUGAAGAGAAAUUCGUAGCUUUAUGUAUCAUACCCAAGCUUUUAACCCUUGAUGAUUCAGAUGCCAUAAAGCUCGUAUACGAUCGUAUGCCAUUCAAGUUUCUAACAAGGCUACUGAAAUCAAAUCCAUCGUCUGAACUACCAUCAGAAUCGCUACAGUCUGUCGCCAUCCAGAUCACAAGCUGCUUUUGUUUUGUUGAUGAUCUUUGUCAAAAGCCUCCUCUGGUCAAGCUGGUCCCGUCUCUGGCUCAAUCGUUGGACAGUCAAAAUGCUGAAAACCAAACCAUCGUCUUGAACUGUUUGCUACGCAUCAAUGCUCAUCCUUCUGGAAACCAAGCUUUACGAAGGGAUCGCGUCCUUCUUUCCAUUGCCAGGCUCGUCAAAUCUUCAGAAUUGUCAAAUCUUGCGACAAUGGUGACUGAACGGAUAUAUGGAACUGAUAUCGCAGUACCGCAAACACUGUCUGACGUAGUACUGGCAGAACUAGCUCCCACAUUCAAAACAGAUCAAACACUGCUCAAGUUUCAAUUGCUCAAGCUCUUUUGUCAAAUGCUGACUGCUACAGACAUAGAUAAAUCCGAGUUGGCGACAUGGUCUGAUGAUUUGAAGCACGGGCUCUCAGACAUUCUCGGCAGUAAAACUCCCCGAGCACACAAAUCUUCAGCAUUGCUUCUAGCAUCGAUUCUAACUCGACGAUUCUCGCCCGACUGGCUCUUUACACCUCUAGCAUCAUCCAUUCCCCCCAGUAAAAGCAAAAAGUCAAACUUUGGUGUACUAGUAGUACACUUGGCAUGUGCAGAAAUACGUGUCUUGCUAGAUACUAUUGAUCUCACUUCAGCCUUGUCGCUAUCUUCCAAUCAACUAGGACCACCAGUAGCCAUGUCGGAGCCAUCUACAUCACCAUCGGUUUCAGAGUAUGCGUCAUGGGAGGAAUGUCGUCGUGUACUGCCAGUCUGCUACGACCUGUUUAUGGCAACAGUCUUGUAUCUGGUCUCUGAACUCGAUCGGGUGUCAUUGACUUUACCAGUUGAUUUGCUGUUAUCAAUACGGAAGGCUAUGAGCGAAGCAAGUCUUGCUAUGGGUGGUUUCUUGACUGAUGUUUGGGAUGCAUACCAGACUCACAAGGCCAAAGUAGUAAUCGACAAUGAUAUCACUCUCUUCACAUUGCGUGCUCUCAUGUCAUGGCUGACUGAAGAAACAACAGCCAGACCUUCUCAAAUCACCAGUGUCAUUCCACUAAUACUCACCGUGAUUCAGAUGCACACGAAUGACGAACUGGUAUCUCUCCCCAUAAAUCCUAUGACAUUCCUAGCUCCCUUCCUAACAUCCAUCACAUCAUCGCCAGACGAGCAACGACAAACGCAACCAAUUCCAAACAAUACAACCGAUAAUGAAAAUGAGGACGAUGAUGACAUUCAUCGUAACUAUCUAGAUGACCUUAUCUCCUUCAAGGGACAUUCUGCCAUCUUGAAUGCCCUUCAACGGAUAUUGGCCAGUGACAAAAAUAGUACAGAGAGCUCUCCUGAUCCGAGUCUUGUACAGUCCGUGUCUGAGAUUGUGUUGAAUAUGUUGAUUCAAAGGCCGGAUGCCAUGUCGGAUUAUGGGGUGGCGGCAUGGACGAAACUCUUGUAUUCAGUCGAUGAGUGUUUGGAUACUAGAAUUGAAAGUGGUCGAAAGUCUUUGCAAGGUCCGAACUGGAUUGUUUGUGCCCAUUUGAAUGUGAUUUUAUGCUUUAUGGUACGAAUCAGUCAUACAUAUACUUCUCUUCGACUGGAUGGUGCCUUGGUGGAACAGACACUAGCACGAGCACAUCGAUUCGUAGAUUUGGGCAACAGGUUGGAAAAGACAAAUCCUGAAGCUUACGAGGAUAUAAGUGAGCUACUAUACCUAUCUCGUACCAUCUUGAGGGAGUUUAAGAAGAUGUAA